AAACAGGGAAAACUAAACGAAACGAUACGAAACGAGAAUGGUCAAAGCGCUUCGCCGGGUGGCUCCGGUCAAUGGUUGAUAAACUCCUUCCUUCUCCCUCCUUCCCCUCCUCCUCCUCCUCUAUAUCUCUCUCUAUAUCUCUCUCGUUCUCUCUCUUCUUUUGAAGAAACUGUCCUUUCUCUCGCCUCCCGCCCUCUCUCUGUGCUCUCUGUCUCUGUGUAGUGUCGGGUUUUGCUGAAGGGUUUUGGAAAGCAGAGGAUUUUGGGUCGGUUGGUGUUGGAUUUUCGAUUCUGAAAGCGUGAGCUUUGUUAGUCAACCGUCUGUUCUCUGCUGCAUCAGAACAUCUGCUCCCAACCUUGGUGGAGAACAUUAAUGGCGCAUCGUUCACAUGUACCAAAGUUCGGCAACUGGGAGAACAGAGAAAAUGAGCCUUACACGGCUUUCUUCGAUAAAGCAAGGAAGGGAAGGGGUGGGGGCAAGAUGAUUAAUCCAAAUGACCCGGAAGAGAACCCCGAUAUAGGCGGGGGGAAGAUGAUUAAUCCGAAUGACCCGGAAGAGAACCCCGAUAUACUUUCAUCAGACAGUAUGGCUCCAGCGCAAGCUCCCCCUCCUCUUCCUCCUCGGCCUCAAGCCGACCCGGAGGAACCAAAAGGGCACGGGACUGUGCCUGUUAGACCGGUGCAUGAACGCAAAAUAAGCAAUGAGGGUAACCCUAAACAGUUUGCCACGGACUCCCCCAGCAGGCCUACAAGUGGGGCCAAGCACCAACUCCAUGGAGCCCGCGGGGCCAGCUCGGGAUCGGGAGAUCAGUCCCACAAGAGCGUUGUUAGAGGUAGUGCUGGAUCUGACCACAGUAUCGAAAGGUCGCCGAUCCACCAGCAGGCAAGGAUCUCGGGAAGAGGGAGCAGUUCCCCCUCGUGGGAAGGGAGAGCGGCCCGUGAUAAUAUCCAUGGGACCCCCGGACGGUCCCGUUUUAGCGGGGCUUCUCGAGGAGACGAAUUGCAGCUCGACAAAGGUUCUACUGUCCCAAAAUUUGGUGAAUGGGAUGAGAAUGACCCUACAUCUGCCGAUGGCUACACACACAUCUUCAACCAAGUCCGGGAGGAGAGGCAUACUGGAGGAAGAAAUGGGCCAGGAUACGCCGAGUCACCUUAUAGACCUGCAGGCGGGAAGAAAGCUCAGAGUAGUGGCUGGAAGAUUUGUUGCUUUCCUUGGGGUGGAAAGUAGAACAAGAUGGCACAAGAUUUCGCAGAUUUCAUCAAGUAUGCUGCGUGCAGUAUCAUGUAAAUACGACUUAUAUUCUUGGCAGGAUGCUUUAUUUAAGGAGUCCAGUCGAUUCCUAGAGCUCAUUCAUUCAUCAUCGGCCUCCACCAUCUAUUUGUGUGUUUGUUAAAUCAUUUUAAGUUUCCAUGGAAAGACAUUGUUAAAGCUCAUUCCUCUUCUCUUCUUCUGCAUUGUCUAGUUCAUAUUGUUGAUGUACUAAAAACCUCCAAUUUUGCUCAGGAAGAAAAGGCCGCAUAUCCUGUUGCGUUCCCUUA